UUAUGAAUCCAUAAAAACAACCUGAUGGAAGUAUAAUUCUUUUUCCAAAAUGUGAUCAUAAAUAUUCAUUAAUUUGGAUGCAUGGAUUAUGUGAUACUGCAUAUGGAUUUUUGAAUACAUUUUAACAAUGUCCAAUUGUUAAAAAAUAAACUAAAAUACUUUUAUUAUAAGCUCCUAAUCGACCUGUCACUAUUAAUAAGGGAGUAUAUUGUUCAAGUUGGUUUGAUAUUAAAGUAAUUCAACCUGAUAUAGAAAAAAAUUAAGAAUUGGAUUAUUUUAAAACUGUAAAUAAUUUAUUAUUAUUAUUAUUAUUAAGACUGUUUCUAUAGAUGAAAUUGAGGAAUCAAAAUAAUUAAUAAUGAAAUAUCUAAAUGAUGAAAUUGAAAUAGUUUCAGCUAAAAAUGUAUAUAUAGGAGGAUUUUCUUAAGGUUGUUGUAUGGCAUUAGAAGUUGGUUUAAGUUUUUCUUAAACUUUAGGAGGAAUAGUUGGUUUAUCAGGAGAUUUAUUUCCUACAACUAAAUUAUAAUAAAUUUAAGAUAAAACUCCUCUUCUAAUUAUUCAUGGAAGUGCUGACAAAGUAGUUCCUUGUGAUUUUUUAUCAAGAAGUCUUGAAAGAUUAAAUAUUCCUAAUCGAGAAAAUUAUUAACAUAUCAUUAUUCCAAAUUUGAAACAUUCUGUAAAUAAUUAAGUUGUCUAAUUAAUCACACAAUUUUUUGAAAAAAAUUAAAUAUGA